AUGAAGAAAAGACUUAGACUUCUUUCUUUCCGCCAUUACAUUGUUUUUUUUUUUUUUUUUUUUCCUCUCUUUCUGCAUUUUUAUUCUCUUACAUCGUUCUUUUCGUUCUUCUUUCCUCUCACUUUUUUUUCCUUUGACAGACUUCUUUGUAUUCGUCAUUUCUUUUUUCAAUCAUUUUCCUUUUAUCAUUUCUUUUUCACCCUUUUUCUUUCUUUUGCUUUAAAUUCACUUUUCUCUGAAUUUUUCUUCUUAAUCAUCCUUUAUUACUGUUCUUUUUUUUUCUUUUCGUCUUCAUUUUUUUUUUAUAUAUAUUUUUGCUUUCUUUCUUUCUUUUCCAAAAUAAUAUUUUCUUUUCUAAAACUAUUGCUCUAUUUCUUAUUUUCAUCUACAUAUUUCUGUUUUGUAUAUUUCUUUCAUCUUCUUUUAUUUCAUUCUUUCAAAUUUUUUGUUCUUAAUCUAUCAUUUUUUGCCUUUUUGUUUAAGAGCUUUUUCAUCCCUUCAUUCUGCGUUUCUUUCUACGUUUCAUUCUUUUCUGUAUUGUUCUUUUUCUUUCUUUUCUUUAUUGUUCGAUUCGUUUCCAUCACUCCUUUCUUCGUUUCCAUCACUCCUCCUCUCUUUGAACUUCUUCAUUUUGCGUAUCUUUUUUUUUUCUUGCAUUCUUUUCUUUCUUUCUUUCUUUCUGUGUUUUGUUGUUCAAACGAAUAUCCUUUCUACAUAAUUCUGUUUCUUCUUUUUUUGUUCCUUUUCUCUUCCUUAUUUCUAUACUUUAUCCCUUUCUUUACCUUCAAUAAUUUUAUAUAUUUUUCCUUUUUACAUUUAACGGUUUCUUAA